AUGAGGCAAUCACCAAACAUCAUCAUCACCGGGACCCCGGGCGUAGGCAAGACGACACACUGCGAGAGCCUGGCCGAGAGAACAGGCUUACGGCAUGUGUCGGUCAACCAGAUUGUCAAGGAUCAAGAGUGCCACGAGGGCUGGAGCGACGAGUACCAGAGCUGGAUAGUGGACGAAGACAAGCUGUUGGAUGCCAUCGAGACGGAUGCCGAGGCAGGAGGCUGCAUCAUCGACUGGCACGCCUGCGACCUGUUUCCGCGUAGCUGGAUCGACCUGGUGAUUGUUCUGCGGGUGGACUCGACGACGCUCUACGACCGUCUGAAGGCGAGAAACUACGCGGAAGCCAAGCUCCAGGAGAAUCUGGACUCGGAGAUUAUGGAGGUGCUGCUGCAGGAGGCGCGGGAGGCGUUUGACGACGAGAUGGUGAUUGAGCUGACGAGCAAUUCCUCGGACGAGAUGGAGGGCAACCUGGAUCGCAUCGAGACAUGGAUAAACCAAUGGAGGCACGACAACAACACGACGGUGCCCGUGGGGCCGUAG